GAUCCAGUCUUGUUACUCGUUCAAUGACGUGGAGUAAUUUAUGAUACGUUUCGCUAUUUAACCAUAUAAUUGGAGUUUCGUGCGUUGUACAAACGUUUCUUCGGAAGUAGGCAAAGCAUGCCCAACAGUGUGUGACUACAGAACGUGCUUCCCCCUUACGGGUCUCUCUAGCAGACAGCAGUGUUUUCUCGCAUAGAAAGUAUAUUGUAUAUAUAUACACAUUUCGUGUGUACAGCGUGGAGAAGAGUGUCGGAUUUUAGCAGAAGUUUGUACUCCAUAUCAACUUUAAAUGGGACAGAAUCGAAUCAAGUGAGAGCAGGCUAGUGUAACACAGUCAUAAUGGCGACGAAAGUCGUCUAUUUCAUCGUCGACGGUAAUAAGGAACAGGCUGAAUUCCGAAGCGAUGACAGUCGGGACGAUUUGAAAGAGACAUUCCGAGCGGCAGCUGAAGCCGGCCCGGAGGACAUUCUGAAGCUGUACAACAAAAAAGGAAAUCUCCUCAACAUUUCUCCCAAACUCACCGAAAAUACUCCCGACACUCGCUACACGCUGGAGGUGGUCGCCACGCAUUGUAAUGUUUUUUUUCCAGAAGCUCAAAAGGGUUCCCACUUAGGUGUGGACAUCAGCAUGAUAGAAUCAAGACUGGGUCAGCUGGAAACACGGGUGUACGUGGACAACGGAGAGUUACCUGCUAUAGUCAAAGACCUCAAAAUAAAAGUGGAACAAUUCAAGGAAAAGCUGGAGAGUGUGGAUCACUUGAGCUGGCUGGGACUUACGAAAGAUAUAUCCUGUGGAACAUCGUUAAAACCGUUCUGGGACAAGAGCCAAUCCCAUCGCAAGACCGAACAACACUCCAGAUUAGUCUUCGAAAAAUUCAGGAAAAUGAGUUUUGUACAAGUGACGGACGAGGUUCGAGGGUAUCUGAGAAAGCCAACGUUUGACAACUGGCAAUGGGAUGACCCUGAAAUGCUGAUAUUACUGCGACAAAUGUACAUAGAUCUGGGCUUCAUUUCUAAGUUCAACAUAGAGAUGCCGGUGCUACACCAGUGGUUGUAUGAAGUGUACAAAAACUACAACAAUGUGCCUUUUCAUAAUUUUAAACACUGCUUUAUGGUCACACAGAUGAUGUAUGGUCUGACGUGGCUUAUUGACACUCCGUCUCUGCUAGAUGACCUUGACAUACUCAUACUCAUCACCUCCGCCAUCUGUCAUGACCUUGAUCAUCCGGGCUACAACAAUGCGUACCAGGUAAAUGCAAAAACGGAGCUAGCCCUGCGAUACAACGACAUAUCUCCACUCGAGAAUCAUCACUGUUCCGUAGCAUUUGAGAUCCUGGAAAAACAUAACUGCAAUAUCUUCCGCAAUCUUCCAAAGGAACAAUUCAGAAAGGUCCGCGAGGGCAUGAUCAGGUGUAUCCUCGGUACAGAUAUGGCAAAGCACAAUGAGAUACUCAUUAAUUUCAGGGCAAUAAAUAACACGACUAAGUUUGACUUCCAGAACAAGGAACACAAGUCGUUGCUCUUAAUGAUACUGAUAAAAGUAGCCGACAUUUCUAAUGAAUGUCGCCCCAUGGAUGUGGCCGAGCCCUGGCUAGAAUGCCUACUGCAGGAAUUCUUCAACCAGAGUGAUGUUGAAAAGCUUGAAGGCCUACCAGUCGCUCCAUUCAUGGAUAGAGAGAAAGUGAACAAGUCCUCUUCACAGAUAGGGUUCAUCAAGUACGCUCUGCUGCCUCUGUUUGAAUCUCUAGGGGAGUUAUUCCCUGUCAUAGAGGAGGAUAUUAUCAAGCCAGUACGGACUGCACUCGAUUACUACACAGAAAUGCACAGGGCAUUAGAGGAAGAGAAAAAGAAACGGGAAAGUGUUGGGGACAUGUCCAAACAGAACGGCAUCACACAGCCCAGUCAGAACAAGGUCUCGGCAUAACACUCCUCCCACAGUGACUCGUAGUGGACAAGUUAUCUCUUAGGGGUGUAACAUGCAGACUGACACCCCUUCUUUGUAUAAUGGUGCAAUCUCCCCUUUGUUUUGGUGGAUUCCAUUUUAGAAUAAAGGGAACAGAAAGAUUACUAUACGUGAUAUUCUUUUAUGAUACAAAAGCUGAUAACUUCAGAUUUAAAUAUGGAUCUGUCAAAGUAGCGGAGUCCAUAUUUGAUGUCUUCGAGGCUACUACGUAAGAAGAAAAACAUUGUUUAUGAUAAUUGAUGAUUAUGUGAUACGGACUUGUCUCAGGAACUGAGAUGUGCAAGAUUUUCGACGAGUUGUUGACCUCAGCUUUUCAAUCGUCCUUGGACAUGAAAGCCUGCUGUGACAAUUUUUCAAUUUCAUGUAAAAAAGAAUUGUCUUUUUUUACUUGCAUUUGAAUUCUUAGUGAUAUUCAUAGUAGCACAAUAUUUUCUUAUUUAUCUGUGAAUAAAACUUUUUGUAAAUGAUGUGAAAAUGUAUGGAGCUCCUCGUAGGCGGACACUUGUUUGGUUCGUGUACGGAACAGUGAUAAGAUAUGACAUAUUGUAUAUAUACUCAACUGUGGAUCUACCUGUUUCAGGAACUGUGGGAUAUAUGGCUUUUUAAUGUAAAAUCUUCAUUGAGCUAUUUUUAUAUUGGAAACUGACUCCAGUCAUGUUAGAUCUGUAGUUUCUUAUUGAAAUUUAUACUUUGUAUUUUAUUGAUAAAACCUAGUUGUUGGAAUGCCUCCAUUUGCCUUUAUAGACGGUAAGGAUAAUGAUGUCAUGCUUGGGAUUAGCAGUAUGUUACAGGUUAAAAAAACAGGGAAGAACACACAACUGAUUGACUGAUGUUUAUUUAUGGUGCUAGCAAAAUAUGCCUGGCCUUUGUAGUAGAGUAGAAAAAGUAAAAAAAAAAAAAAAAAACAGUAAAGAUAUCUAGAUAAACUUAAUAACAGUCUCAUUGCAUUGAACCUUCACAAAAUGCUUAAUAUAACACACAAAAACACAUUCUGAAAAUUUGAUGUGGAAGUCACACUUUCUGGACCAAUACUGAAUUUUGCCUCACCAACAUAUAAAGACGAGGGUUAUCUUCGGUGCCGAAUAGGGCUGUGACAAUAUAUUGGAAAACCGGUAUAUUGCAAUGCACAGGCAUAUCGUAUCACAAAACGAGAGAGGAAAUAUCGCUGUAUCACAAUAUUUUUUAUGUAUCUGCUUGGUAUUUUCACUUUGCAAGUUACUACACAUCCUAACAGAUAUGCCGAUAACCAUGAAACAGGCUAUUACUAGUGCGGGGAAUCGGUGUAAAUUUCAUAAUGGAUGGUUGUUUUGACAAAAAAUCUUAACUUUUUGUGAUCCAUAUUAUAUAUGAUUAAGUUUUUAUUCUGACAACCUUUUCUUUCUAAAUUGAGCACCUUUUUCUUAUGACCAUAUAUUAGGAUAUGCAUCACAAUAAAUUCAUUGAACAUGCUGUAUUGCAAUAUAUCAUCAAUCAUGACUAAAAGGGGAUAAAAUCUGUUAGGAAAGCUAGUGUUGGACAUUGCUCCGUUUUUAUAACAAGAAUUGAAUUUAUAUGUUCUGAGUUGUGUAGGAAGAUUUAGCCUUCUUUGCCAUAUAGGAUAAUGAAAUUGCUAUAAAAACUGUUGAUGAGGUCAGGCAUGUUUUACAAGCAUCGUUUAGAUAUUACGAGUCCUAUAAAGGUUAUGGGAGGUCGAUUCUGUGGACAAUCGUAUGUUGUUUAGUAGAAAAUGGAGGGAAAUGGAGUAUACCAACUUUGUUAUUGUAUUCUUGUUUAUGUAGAUAUUUUCACCCCGUCAGUUAUAGGGUAUAUAUAUACAUGUAUAUAUCUAUAAAAUGUGAGAUGGGAUUAGUUCCCAGUGGCUCGAUUUAGUAUUGAUAUGUGUGUUUUCAUGGCUGGUCCAAUGGUAACACACUGGCGUUCUCUGAAGUAGUCAAAAUCAUUCUAAAUGUGCUGUUUUCUUGCAGGUGUUAAUCAAAUGGUAAAGGAAUCUUACAGCAAGCAAAUUAUUGCUGUUCGUCAGCAUUUUUUGUCAGUUUUGUAAAAAAAAAAAAAGGACAAAUUUUUUAAACAA